UUAACAGCUCCCGCGUUCGACCAAUCACGUGAUCGGUUUUGUUUGUGAAAACAUAACCAACAAAAAGUAAGACAGCCGAAACAAAAGUUAAGGAUUUCUUGAUUCAUUAUUGCGAUUGCGAAGUAAAAAGUAUCGAAAUGGUAAUUAAAGCCCCCAAGAAGGGGAAAAAAGCAGAUAAAAAUGAAAAUCAAGAAUCUAGAAACGAGGGUUCAAAAUCUGAUGUUAUGUCCGAUUCUCUAUUCACAUUUCUAACAAACUUGGCUGAAAGUUUAACAUUUCCAAACCAUAAAAAAGUGUUUUUCACCAUAAAACAGUACAAAAUAAAGGAUAUCUACCCAUCACACCCAAAUAAUACUGAUGAUCCAACGGAUAUAUUAAUUUUUUGUCUUAGAUGGGUUGCUAUUAAUAAAUUUCAGCCAAUUGGUGGUAUUCUCUUUAAACCUGAAGAAUAUACAGGGGUUGACAGUAAAUUAGGGAAAACAUUGGGAGAGUUGUUAAAAGCAUAUUUGUGGUCAAUAAAUAGGCUUUCUUUGAGCGUUGUUGCCAUUGUAUCACCACCAGAUGAUUAUUUUAAAAGUAUUAUAAGAUAUUUGACCAAGGGCCAAGAUUUUGAAACGUCAGAAAACCCAAUACUUUUUUUUUCUGAGCAGUUUAAUAAUAUACCAUGUGUUUAUGACCCGGAAAUUGUUCACAUGAACUUUCAAAAUCGUUUUUGCCAAAAUGAUGUCGCAUAUUUUCAAAAUAAUAUGAAGAAAAGUGCCACUUGGAAAAAUAUUGAACUGCUGUUAAAUUUGGAUGAAUUUGAGGGAUUUAAAAACAAGAAUUUGUUCACAGGGGAUGUUUAUAAUUAUCUGUUGGCUAAUAUAACAAAUGAGAAAUUCAUUGAUAUUCAAGGAACAGCAAACUUGGUUUCUUCCUUAAGAAUUUUUAUAAAAUAUCUAGAAAUCGACUCAUUUUCCAUCUCAAAACUAUCAGAGCUUUAUUUCGAUUGGAUUUUUGUGUUGGAAUUGUUGGAAACAAUGGAAUUCAAGGAAAAAAGUACAGAAAUAAAUCCUGAACCAAAAUCACUUUUUAAAAUUUCUUUGUUGACUAACGAAAUAAAAAAAGUUGAAGAUACCAAAAAACCUGAUGAAUCUGAAAAUAAAUUCACAAUUAAAAAAAUUGCAGAUGACAAAAAUAACUUAUUGAGUCUUAAAAGUGAGAAAGAAAAUAUAAAUUUGAAAAAAGAAAAAAACAAACCAUACACAAGAAAAUCAAAGAAGAAAAAAAGUAAAAGCAGUAUAACAAAAGUGGAUUCAGAAUUGGAAACACCAAAUUCAAAAACAAAAUUACUUUCCGAUAUAAAUCGCAAUUUCGGCACCCUAAAAGAAGAAAAAUCCCCUAGAAGUAAAAAUUCCCCAUAUUCAAGACCCCAAAAAGAAAUAAAACAUUCACAUUCACCACCUGUAAAAUUAGUCGACAACAAAGUCUUUAAUUUACCUAAAAUUGAAGAGGAUCUAACAAGCUUACUGGAAUCUGUGAAGGAACAAAUUUCCAGUUGGUCUGACGACGACUCUUUUGAAUCCUCCAGUGAAAAAUCCUCAUCUUCUGAAAAAACUAAAAAAACACACAAACCCUACUCAAGACCUGAAAUUAAUGAGUCGACCUCCGAACUCACAAGCAGCUUAAACAUAAGCUUAAAAGAAUGCACAAAUUUAAUCAACAAAAUGAAAAUAGAACGCCCAGAUGCCACCCCAAAAGUAACAAACAAAGAUUCACCAAUCUUGGAGUACAAAUCCGCCAUAAAAAGCAUGAAAUUCGCGGUUAAUAAGCUCGUCGACUACAAAACGUACGACUUCUUUAUGAGCGCAUUUAACUGCAAACAUACUGAUUAUUAUGUUAACAUAAUCAAAAAAGAUAUAAACCAAUUACCUGUUCCAGAUGAUUACAUCACAAAUCCUUUGUGUACUCUACAUAACAAAACGCAAGCCAUCUUGACUCUCGAUAAGGAAUCCGGCAACUUGUUUUGCCUGAAACAAUAGUACAAACAAUCUAUGUUGAUUUUUUUAAGGCUCUUUACCUUUAUUUGUUCUUUGUUGUAAACUUUCUGUGAUUUUGUUAUUUUGACUUGUCAAAAUAUGUUAUUUUCGAAAAUUUAUGAACUGUAAUGUUUAUAUUUUUACAAUAAACCAUUUA